CGAUGCACUAGAACUCCAACUCCAGCAGACAUGAUUUUCUUCUUGCUUCUUUGUUGAUCCAGCGAGAUGCCUCCUGCUCCCUUCAUCUCCUUGGAUCCUGGCUGGGGAGUCUCUCUGGGAGGAAAAGCAACCAUAAUCUGUGAAGGUCCAUUAUUCUACCCAGUGCAUUACGAGCUGGAGAAAGAUGGCCAGAACACAACUGCCAAAAAGGAGAACCUAGGAUCUGUUGCUUUCCAUAUCUUUAAUGUGAGCAGAGAGGAUAGAGGGAAGUACUCCUGUUUGUAUUAUGACUGGCGCAAGGAGUCCUGGUCCCAAACCAGCAAACCUGUGGAGCUGUUGAUAAUGGAUCCUGACCUACCCAGGCCCCAAAUCAAUUUCAGCCCUAGCAGGAUGGCAGUUUUGGGAAGCAAUAUCACCAUUCAGUGCUGGGUCCAAGGUCCAACCAUAAAGUUCUAUCUUGUUAAGGUUGGAGAUAAGAAUGUUCCAAACAUGAUGGAGACAUCUGGGGGUUUGGCUAACUUCUCCUUAACCAAAGUUGAUCGGGAGGAUGGAAGGAACUACCACUGCAAAUACAGACCCCGAACAGGGUUUUUCAUUUCAAUGCCCAGUGAUGAGGUCGACCUGUUGAUAAUAGAUCCUGAUUUAGCCAAACCCACUAUCUCUCUGCACCCCACUGAACUAGUCACUCUUGGAGGAAAUGUCACUAUCUAUUGCAAAAGCCAAGAUAGGGCCAAGAAUUUUUAUCUCCAAAAGCCAGGAGACCAGAUGAUUUAUCAUCCCAUGGAGACUAACGGGACUCUGGCCAAGUUCUCCAUCAGCAGUGCAAACUUUGAGCAUGGAGGGAGCUACAGCUGCAAUUACUGCCUCAAGUCAAAACCUUAUGUCAUCUCACAGCCCAGUGAUUUGGUGGAAUUGCUCAUAACAGAUCCUGAUCUUCCCAGACCAAAUAUCUCCCUGAGCCCCAGCAGGAUUGCACUCCUGGGAAGCAAUAUCACCAUUCAUUGCUGGGUUGAAGUUCUGAUCAAGACGUUCUAUCUUUAUAAAACCGGAGACUGGAUGACACUACGAUCAGUGAAGCCAGAUGACGGCGUGAUGGCCAAUUUCUCCAUCAAUAGGGUGGGCUCAAAUCACGGGGGAGAGUACCAUUGCAUCUAUAGACCCCCAUCAGAGUUUUUAAUCUCAGAGCCUAGCAACCCUAUGAAGCUAUUGAUUUUAGAUCCCAGCUUACCCAGACCUGCCAUCUCUAUCAGCUCCGGUGGCUCAGUUGCCCUUAGGGGACAAGUCAAGAUCCAGUGUGAAAUUCAAGAGGGACCUGCAAACUUUAUUCUCCAAAAAGCUGGAGACCAAAGAGCAAAGUGGCCCAUGAAGUCUAACUAUGAUAGGGGUGAAUUUUGGAUUACCAACAUCAGUUUGGAGCACAAAGGGAACUAUACCUGCAGCUAUGCAUUGUUUCAUUCACUUUUUGUGUUUUCAGCACCCAGUGACCCCCUGGAACUUCUGGUCUCAGAGACUGAAGUUACGGCUGACUACACUCACAGCAACAUCAUUCGUUUUGCCAUUGGUGGUCUGACCUUUCUACUCCUCAUAUAUAUAUUGCAAAAUGGAAGCACCAUUGAAUAAGAUAUACUAAAAAGCAAAUGUCAUUUUUCUUCAGCACUACAUGACAACCACUUUUCCCCAUUUUUCUGCUCUUGUUGCAAAGGUUGUCAAGCAACUUUGGGAAGACCAGUAUUACACCUUGACUUGGAAAACAGCUUCCAUUUUCAAAUAGGAUUUCUCCUCAUCUGGAAAUGCAAUUUGUCCCAAAACUGUCCAAAUAGCACAACCUCUUUAGCUACAAUUAGAGACUCUUGAGACCCCCACUCCCCAAAGUUUUCCUCUCAGAUGCCUUCAAUGCAACUUAGAGUAUUUACACUUGCAUCAAGUUCAGAUAAUGCAUUUGCAUUA